UGAAAUCCGGUACUAUGUUUUGUCUAUAAAUUUAUAUUCUCUAAAAACUCAUGUGUGUUUGAAUCGUUUUCUGUAUUCCCUCUCUACUCUGCUGGAUUAUAGGGGUUUUCAAAAGCCCUAAAAGAAAAGCUCCUCCUCUGCCUCUCACAAUGGCGGACCGUUUACCCAGCGAAUUGAUGACUGAAAUCCUGACAAGACUACCGGUAAAAACCCUUGUACAGAUCAGGUGCGUUUGUAAGGCAUGGUGUUCUCUAAUCAGUAGCCCUAAUUUCAUCAGUUCAAAAGUCAAUCAAACAAUUCAUUUCAACAAAAUCAACAACAGUGAUACACUUCUCAUCUCGCAUUACAUUAAUAAGAGAAGAAAAGGGGGAGGUCGUUUUUCGGCUAAUUUCUAUGAUGAAAGACUUGGCGGACGUCUUAUACAACUUGAAAGCCCAAUCCCAAACUCUGCUUCUCAUUUCCACAUAUUUGAUUCUUGUAAUGGUUUGGUAUGUCUCACUGAUAAUGCCUUUGAUAAAGCCAAUAAUCUAAUUCUGUGGAAUCCGAGUAUUAGAAAAUCUGUGAGGCUUCCGAUUCCCAGCAUUGGCAUUGAUUCACACACUAAUACUGUGGUUAGAGCUGCUGGUUCAGAUGGCCCAUAUGGGGUUGUUAUUGGAUACGGCUUCGAUUUCAAAACUAACGAUUAUAAGGUGGUUAGAAUUACUUGCAUCAACAAUUUUCCAUUUCCUGAGGUUGAGCUUUACUCUCUUAAUAGAGGACAUUGGAGAAGAAUUUGUGUUGCUGGUCCCAUUCAUCAUUUCUGUUUUGCUCCGCGACCUUCUCAGGCUUUUGUAAAUGGGAUUGUGCAUUGGGUUGGAUGCAAUAUGGUUGCUGCUUCUGAUAUUUCAAUCUUGACAUUUGAUAUGAGCAGUGAGGUAUUCUCUCAGAUGAAGCUCCCAACAAGCCCUGAAAAUGGAUGGGUGGUGUCUCAUUUGGCUGUUUCAGUGCUUAGGGAGUCACUUUGUGUGGGACAUUUUGAUUCCUUGGUUCGCAAAGUUUCAAUAUGGGUGAUGAAAGAAUAUGGUGUUGUAGAAUCUUGGACCAAACUAUUCACUUUUGAUUUGGGUAGGGAUUUUGGGGGAAUACUUGGUUUCAGGAGGAAUGGUGACCUUCUUUUCUUUAAAAGAUAUGAUCACCUGUUUUCAAUGGACCUAGAAUCUCAACAAGUUAAGGAUCUUAGAAUACGGUUAUCUCGUGAUGAUCUGAAAUCAUUGUACGUUGUUACUUAUAUGGAGAGCUUAGUCUUACUUUAGGAAGUGAAGCAAGACGUUAAGGGGGCAAGCAUAGUCUUUACUAAUAAAAAAAAGGGGCAAGCCUAGUCUUUGAGUGCAGCAGUUACUCAAGAAAGCACGGAGCCGGACGAACAAAGAUAAUUGCAAGAGAGUGCAAAGAAGGAAACCACGAUAAACGUUCUCUCUUAUCCUUGCCCCAUUUUUUUUCGUUUUUGUUUUUUCUUCAUAGAAUAGUUUCAGUAUUUAUGUCUAUAGUUCCUGUAUAUUGCAAAUGUGUUCAAAUUUUAACUUUCCAUGAAUGCUGAUUCUAGCAUUGCAUCAAUAUACCUUUUAUUUUAAAGUGAUGAUGUAUUUAUGAAAGGAUACUUGGUACAUCUCACGGAUUUGGUUUAUUCAAUGGUUGAUGUUUAACUUGUUUGAUGA